AUGAAAAAGGGCGAUAGUGUGGCGGUGUUGGUGUUGGUUGCACGCCUCGUGUUGCUUCGGGGGCGGUGGGCCUCGGCUGCUUCACCGACAGGCGUUGCAGUGCGGCUGCGUGGCGCACCGAGCACCCCGCCGUGCGAGCGCCACGCCCAACGCCAUUGGGACUGCGGGACGGAACAGUCGCGAGUGUACUUUGGAGCCAGCGGCACCUGCUGGCCGCAGUUGGGCGGUGCGAGUGGGAUGCUUCACCGCACGGGUGUUGUGAUGGCGCCUUGCAGCGGCUCUUGUGAUGGUUCCGACGCUGCAGCUCGACGUGUG